AUGGCGAAGGAGAGGAGCAGGAAAGCGCUGCUGGAGCUGCUCCAGCGGCCGGGCAACGCGGCGUGCGCCGACUGCGCCGCCCCGGACCCAGACUGGGCAUCCCACAGCCUAGGGAUCUUCAUCUGCUUGAACUGUUCAGGAAUCCAUCGCAAUAUUCCCCAAGUCAGCAAGGUGAAGUCAGUCCGUCUGGAUGACUGGGAUGAUGCUCAAGUGGAGUUUAUGGCCUCGAAUGGGAACAAUGUAGCAAAAGCAAAAUAUGAAUCUAAAAUGCCACCAUUUUAUUACAAGCCAACAUUUCUUGACUGUCAACUGCUGCGGGAGCAGUGGAUCAGAGCCAAAUAUGAGCGAAAAGAAUUCAUUCACAGCGAGAAGCAGGAGCCUUAUUCUGCAGGGUACCGAGAAGGGUUUCUGUGGAAGAGAGGACGUGACAACGGGCAGUUCCUGAGCCGGAAAUUCGUGUUGUCGGAGAGGGAAGGUGCACUGAAGUACUUCAACAAAAACGACGCAAAAGAACCCAAAGCAAUUAUGAAGAUUGAACACCUAAAUGCAACUUUCCAGCCUGCAAAAAUUGGGAACCCACACGGACUGCAGAUCACUUAUUUGAAGGACAACAGCACAAGGAACAUCUUUGUCUAUCAUGAAGAUGGCAAGGAAAUCGUGGAUUGGUUCAAUGCCAUCCGGGCAGCACGUUUCCAUUACUUACAAGUGGCAUUCCCUGGAGCCAGUGAUGUUGAUCUGGUGCCAAAGCUUUCUAGAAACUACCUGAAGGAAGGGUACAUGGAGAAAACGGGGCCAAAGCAAACAGAAGGAUUCAAGAAGCGAUGGUUCACCAUGGACGACCGACGGCUCAUGUAUUUCAAAGAUCCCCUGGAUGCCUUUGCUAGAGGGGAAGUUUUUAUUGGGAGCAAGGAAAACAGCUACAAGGUCCUGGAAGGGCUCCCGGCAUCCACACAGGGAAACCACUGGCAGCACGGGAUAACCAUCGUCACCCCCGAUCGGAAAUUCCUCUUCGCCUGCGAGACGGAGGACGACCAGCUGGAGUGGAUCACCACCUUCCAGAAGGUCAUCAGCCGGCCCAUGCUGCCUCAGGAAUAUGCAGUGGAAGCCCAUUUCAAACAUAAACCUUAG